AAUUUCCUCAUUCUUCUCAAAAAUCAAAUCUAUAAUAAUACCGUCCUCUAAAAAUUAUGGAUGGACUCUCUCUCAUAAUGAAAGAGAAUAUAUAGCAAAUAUAUAAAAGACAAGACACUUAUAUAUUUUAUUUAUGUCCGAGUUCUCAAAAUGCUCUUUAAUCAGGUACCAUCCAUCAGAUGGUGGGUAUUUUCCUUUUCCCCCCACUCUGCAUCUCUCUUCCACUGAUUUGAUCAGGCUGAUUCCUGUGUCAGUUCAAUUUUCUCGCGUUUAUGUUGGUGACAUAGUUGCUGCAUAUAUAUGUGCACACCCAUAGAUGAUGAUACUCCGUUAAUGACAGGGGAUUGCCACUGGAUGAAUUCUUGACGCUCUUAAUUUUAUCUGUGGAAUGGCGUGGCUUUAGGAUUCUGAUUGGCUUUUUGUUCGAAAGAGGGGUUUUAGUUUUAGGGUUUCUGGAUUUAUCGAUGGGUGGAGCUCUUUGUUGUUCCUCUGAUACGAGUUUCUGAUUGGGGCGGUUCUUGGUUGCCUUUGGUCCGGAGGAUGGUUUUAUCGCGCAUUCCUCCUAAUAGAAAGAUAAUUGAUUGAUGCACAUUCCACCUGCUGCUUGGAGCGAUUGAGGCACUACUGAUUGGGAGGUCAUUAUUUUGGGGACAAUAUGGAUCAUGAUAAAAUUUCAGCCAUGGGAAGUGAUGGCUUGUAUUUGGAGGCUAACCCUGAAGAUCCAUUCUGUUCAGAAAUGGAAGCCGAUGAGAGUGGAAAUGCAAGUCCAAGGAAUGAGAUUAUGGCUUUUACACAAGAAAGAGGCGAGGCCAGUGAUGUGGUAUUCUCAAGAGAAGCACCUCUUGUGAGUAAAGGGCACAAGAUAGCUAGUGGAUGUAGUUGUGGGGCAGAUAAACUGAAAUCCAGGAUGCUCAACGCAGAUUCUGAGCUUAGCAAGAGUGAGAAAAUCCAGCAUGAGAAGAAACUCAGUAGGCAAGAUAGGAUUGAGCUGGGGCGAUUGUUUCAGGGUGCUGUUAGUUCCCAUGAUUGGGAACUUGCAGAAAGUCUGAUUAUGUUGGCAGAUCCUCAAAUACUCAAUGAUGCAUUGUGUAUUUCUUUAGAUUCCAUCUGGUUCUUGAGCACGCAGCAGGAGCUACAUGGGAUAACUGGAUUAAUUAAGAAGAUAAUUGCCAAUGGCGCCUAUGACUUCACAAGAGCUGCUCUUAGGACUUCUUUCCUUGCUUCAUGUGUUUCUGCCUGCCAAAGCAGAACGAUGAGUUUGGCAGAUACAGUGACUGUGAUGGCCCAAAGGUUGCAUGAGCGUCUCCAGGAAUGUAAUGGGGAUGAAGUUUUGAAGGCAGAAGCUGGUGCCAAGGUUCAGAAGUUUACUGAAUGGGCUCUGAAAUGCAUAGGAUUUCAUUCACGUAGUCAGGGCAAUAGGGAUAAAGUGACUCAAAGCUCAGCUGUUGAGAUCCAACUCCAAUUAUCUGCAUUCAAGACAUUCCUAGAUCUAGCAGGCAACCAUCUUACUGGGAAGGAUUUCACGGAGGCCUUUGAUGCAGCUUGUUUUCCUCUUACACUCUUCUCUAGUUCUUUUGACCCUGGUUGGGCAUCUGGCAUAUCAGCAACUGCAAUUCAGGGAUUGCUGGGUAUGUUGGUGGAAGGAGGUGCCGACAAUGUGAACCAAUGCUUUCUUGAAGCCUCGCGAUUUGGGAGCACGGAGCUUGUUCGCAUAUUAUUACAGAUUGCCCAAAGGAAUAGUUUGGAUGUUGAUGUUGACCUGGCUUUGGGCUUUGCUUCACAUUAUGGCAAGAUUGGCACAAUGGAAUGUUUAGUGGAGGAGGGUAAUGCCAUGGCCUUCUUGGGUCCAGUGAUGAGAGCAGCCGAGAGAGGUUGCAUGCAGGUUGUUCAAUGGUUUGUGAAAAGGGGCUGCCGAGACAUGGAACUCUGUCUUGCACUAACAGCUGCCACUUCCAGCAGCCAAGUUGAGGUGGCUGCCUAUCUCCUUCCUCAUGUUCCGCAGCAUGUCCUUGCAGCCCUCAGUGUUGAAAUUCUCAAGGCUGCUGGUGAGCGCAGUGGUGGGUCUCUUGAUGGGGUAGCAUUUCUCCUUCGUUCAGACUUCCUAGGUGACCCAGCUGCCACGUAUGCUGUUGCUGACAGCAUUGCCAGGUGUGAAGAUGGGGCCGUUGCACCUGAGCUUAGGGCUUUUCUGCAGGAGAACUGGUCCGAGACGGCAUUUUCAGAAGGACUGAAGGAAGGACAAGAACAUUACCUGAACAUGGUGAGGAUUUUGAAGUGGGGUGAAUCUCCUAUUUGCUUAAGGGAUCUCCCAUCACCCUUGAGGGUGGCCAUAGCAUAUCUGCCUCUGUAUAGGGCAUGUGUCAAGGCAGGCGGAUGUUUGUUGUCACAACGACUUAGGGGGCAGCUUGUGGAAGCAGCUAGAAGGCUAGGAAAUGGAAACCUGGAAGAUGCAGGCCAGGGGAGAGAGCUGUUGGCUGUUUUAGAGCAUCAUCUGCCUCCAUUUUUUCUACUCCAUUCUAGUAAUGCUUAGCUAUAUCAUGCCCGGCCGGCUGCAACUUAUGGAUUUUCGGUUCUCUUUUUGCGCCAUACGAUAUAUCAAGUAGAUAACAAUAACACUAGAGCUUAGGUAGUUUGUUGGGUUUAAGGUGACAAAAAGGCAUCGGGUUUGUCAAUUUUCUUCUUCUUCUUCUUCUUCUUCUUCUUCUUCUUCUUCGCGUGUUCUCACAUCCGGAGGUGCGCGUUCGUGGCAGUUAUAUUAUCUCAAAAAUGGUGGAUACCUGUAAUAUUUAUAAUGGCCGUUUUCCUA